AUGAUGGAGACACUGGAUCACAUGGAUGCUUUGGUGCUGGUGGAGCACCUCCAGGAACUGGCGGUUCUAUCGGCCAAUAUAGGGCAACAAUUUCUGGCUUUAGAUGCUAUCGUAUCUGCAAUGCACGUCCUAGGACAACAGCCUUCUUCUUGCAGCUGGUGGGAAGCGUUCGCCAAUUGUUUCGAUACGAGCUUCCGGUACCCUGAGCCAAUAUCCCGCUCCCAAGAGAGUGCUCGGGUAAACAUAGACCUUGCCAAUCGUAUGUUGGCCGCCAUGUCCAUCUACAAAACAGGAAACCGACCACAGUUUGAGGAAAUUAUAGAUCUGAAGCGGAUCCUUUUCUUCUCACGCUAUGCACCCUUAUACUUCAGGUCUUUCAAGUGGAAAGCGUGGAGAGAUGAUUACUUGAUGUUUGAGAAGGAACAUCCUUCGUUUUCUGAAUGGCUCCAGAAGCGAAGGCAUCUGCCGAAAUGA